UUGCAAACCAAACAAAAACAUCGGCUCAAAGAGCAUUUGGGACACUCGGAUUUGGACAUUCAAUUUGCGCAACAUCAACAAUUUUUUGCGGUUUUGGAUGAGAAUUCGAGUCUUUUUAUUUAUCAAGUGGCCGAGGAUUGUAUUCCGUGAGUUUUUGGAGGAAAAAACUUGAAAAAUGAUGCAUUUUGAGUGGAAAUUCAUGAAAUUUGAUAAAAAAUCAUAAUUUUUAGCCCGAAAACUUGAAAAAUCAUGAAUUUUGAGUGGAAAUUCAUGAAAUUUUGAUAGGAAAUCAUACUUUUUAGCCCGAAAACUUUAAAAAUUAUAAAUUUUGGAUGAAAAAUCAUGAAAUUUGAUAAAAAAUCAUAAUUUUUAGCCCGAAAACUUAAAAAAUCAUGAAUUCCGGAUGAAAAAUCAUGAAAUUUGAUAGGAAAUCAUAAUUUUUACCCGAAAACUUGAAAAAUUAUAAAUUUUGGAUGAAAAUUCAUGAAAUUUGAUAGGAAAUCAUAAUUUUUAGCCCGAAAACUUGGAAAAUUAUAAAUUUUGGAUGAAAAUUCAUGAAAUUUGAUAAAAAAUCAUAAUUUUUAGCCCGAAAACUUGAAAAAUUAUGAAUUUUGGACGCGGAAAAGUGAAAUAUUCGAAUUUCCCGCCAAAAAUAUUCAAAUACCAAUUUUUGGCGCGAAGACUGAAUUCAAAUUUGAAGCUCGAAAUUGCCAUCUGUUUUUCGCGCCAAAAUCAUAAAAUUUUUUGAAUUAUGAAAUUUUCCCGCCAAAAUUAAUUCGAUUUUUUCCAGCACCAAACACAUUGCCAUCCUCAAUUGGCCCUCUAAUUCCAACCCCAAGACCACCCACGAAGAUCAGCCAAAAAUCUCGUGGUGUCCCUAUAUUCCCAAUAGAGCGGGAAGUGAAGAGAGUGCAGACGACGAGAGUCAAGAAGAUGAGGAAGAGGAAGAGUGCCACGUGUUGGCGAUCUACGCCGGACGUCAUUUACACGUGGUGAAUUUGGGCAUUUUAAAGGAACAUGGACUAUUUUCAAGGGAUUCCGAGGGUAAUGACGUGGAUUUUGAGACGGCAAAAGGUUGUGAUGGCGCGAUUCUAUCGCUGACUUUGGAGGCGGACGCGGAAGCGGAUGUUUCCGCGACGCGGAUUGCCGGUGUUUGCAUCGCUCCCGAUUGCACCGCAAUCGCUGUGGCCAAAAAUGCCGGCCCCGUCGCCUUCUACGUCAUCGACUACGAGGAGAACGCGCUGAAAUUCGCGCAUAUAUUCGAUCCGCGCGCCGCGUUCACGCGUGCCAACGCGACACUCAGCGAUUUGAUAUUUUUGGAUGAUUUGCGAGCGGAACAGCGGAAAGAGGCGCCGUUUUGGCGAGCUUGCGUUGCGAUUUCGCACGGCGGCCGACAAAUUGCGUUGUUCGAAUGUCAGAAGUGGAGAAGAUUGGGACGAAUUCGAUUCGAAUCGCCACGAACUGUUAAUGAUUUUAUACCGAUUAUCGAUCCGAGCUCACAAUUUUUGCAUUUUCUGGAUGUUGACGGUGCAAAUUUAUAUUCGGUAGAGAUUUCGGAGGCUGGAGAAUUGCCAAGGUUUGCUGGAGUUACGCAAACUUCGUUUUGUAAUCCGAUUUAUGCGCUGGCACAUGUUGGAGCGGCGAAUAGUUUUGAAAGUGGUGAGGUUUUGCGGGGAGGAGGGGGUGAAAAGGGGAUUUUUUUGAGCCUAAAUAAGCCUAGGCCUGAAAAAUCCACGUUUUUCUAGCUUAAAUAAGCCUGAGCCCGAAAAAUCCACGUUUUUUAAGCCUAAAUAAGCCUAGGCCUAAUUCAAGAUCGAAAAGUCUAGAUUUUUCAGGCCUAUAUAAGCCUAGGAAUAACCUUGAGCCUAGUCCUAUCUUAGGCCCGGAAAAUCCGCUUUUUUCGGGCCUAAAUAAACCUAGAUUCAAGCCUAAGUCUAGGCCUAAUUUAUGUUCGAAAAAUCCACGGUUUUUGAGCCUAAAUAAGCCUAGGAAUAGCCUUGAGCCUAGUCCUAUCUUAGGCCCGGAAAAUCCGCAUUUUUCGGGCCUAAACCAGCCUAGAUUUAAGCCUAAGCCUAGGCCUAAUUUAAGCCCGAAAAAUACACGUUUUUCGAGUCCCAAUAAGCCUAAAGUUGAGCCUAAGCCUAAGUUUUCUAGACCCGCAAAAUCCACGUUUUUCGGGUCGAACCCAGCCUAGAUUUAAGCCUAAGUCUGGGCCUAAUUUAAGCCCGAGAAAUCCACGGUUUUCGAGUCCAAAUAGGCCUAGAUUUAAGCCUAAGUAGGCCUAGGUUCAGAUGUUGGGCUAAAAAUCUUCAAAAGCCUGUCGGAAAUUUUGAAUUUCAUGUUUUUCGCGCGUGACCUGAAUUACGUGGCAAUUUAAAAAAUUCAAAAAAAUUUUUCAUUUCUCAUUUCAAAAUUCAUUCAGAAUCCCAAGAAGACGACAUUUUCCAAAACGACGAAGACGAAGAUGACGAAUCGGAUUCGAAUUCCGAUUCAAAAGCCCCAAAACUUCGACGAUAUUUUGUGGCGAUGGGAAAAAAGAGCAUGGUUGAAUUACAGGUUUGUGUGGGCUGAAAAUGCUGGAUUUUGAGCUGAAAUUCACCAAAAAUCACCGAUUUUUCUUCCAGAUCACCCUAAAACAACACCAAAACCUUCGCCAAUUGGUCGAAAUCACUCCCAAAACCUCAAAUGCCACUCAAGAUUUGCUUCUGAAAAUCCCGGCGGCUCUAAAUUCGGCUCCACAGCUUCAUGAAAAUCCGGUGGUAGAUCAAAAACAGGCGGAAGAAUUUGGCCAAAAAUUGGAUGAUAUUGUUGAAAGACUGGAGAGAAUUGAGAUGGAGCGGAAGGCGUCGAAUGAGCGAUUGGUGGAGAUGAUUGGAGCGAUGGGUAAGUAGGCCACGCCCACUUUUUUGCAAUUUGCGGCGCGGUUUUUUGGCGGGAAAAUUUGAAGCGGAAUGAUACCCACUAUGGGUAUAUUUGAAUCAGAGAAGCCACGCCCACUUUUUGGCAAUUUGCGGCGCGGUUUUCUCUUGGAUUUUUUUUUAAUUUGCAAUUUUGCGGCGUGGUUUUUCUAAGGGUUUCUUAAAAACCACCAGAAUUCUGCAAUUCCUAUCUAGCCCCGCCCACAAAACCAUGCCGCAAACAGAUGCAAUGAAAAAAUAAACUUCUAAACUAGUACAAAAUCAUAAGCCCCGCCCACAAAACAACGCCGCAGUUCUAAAUCUUUAAUUCAUAAUCAUAAUUUAAGCCCCGCCCCCAAAACCAUGCCGCAAACAGUUGCAAUAAAACUUGAUAAUCAAAAUUUUUGAUAAAUUUUAAGCUCAAACUUUGAGCUCAAAAUAGCUUCAUUUCAGCUUUUGGGUCAAAUUUUGAUUAGAAAAUUCGAAUUUUUCAAAAACAAAAAAAUACGUUUCAAAAUUUUGAUGUAAUUCAUAUCAAAUGUUUUUUUUUUUUCAAUGUUUUCAUAUUUCUUAUUUUGAAUAAAUCAAAACCAAAAUUCUCGAAAAUUUGGAUAAAAAUUCGUGGAAAUUUAAAGCAUUCCUAAUAAGUAAUUUAAGCCCCGCCCCCAAAACCAUGCCCCAAAUCCGAUUUCAGAAAUGUUUUCAGACGAUCAAAUGCGUCAACGUGAAGGCUAUUUGUUGAAUCGCAUCGAACAAGUCUGCGAGAAUUCCCGUCUCGAUAUAAUUGCCGCACUCCGCAACGGAAACACUGCAAUCCAAGCGGCCAUCGAUCCGGCAAUCCGUUCCGCAACCGCCGACACUAGCGAAUACGUCGCGCAACGUGUCGGCGGUGCGGCAAGAGCCGGACUGCAAGAAUGUGUUGUGCCGGCGUUUGAGCGAAGUUGUGAUUUGUUGUUUGACCGGUUGAAUGAGCAAUUCCGCGCGGGACUUGCGGAAUAUCUGACGACGACGUCGCAAGCGAUACAAAAUGCGGCAGUUGCGGCGAUUCAACUUGCCGCAACACAAGUUGCGCCAGCAAAUUCGAGCAGCACAGAUCGUGCGCAACUCUUGCAAUUGCUCAAAAACUCGCCGGAACUCGCAUUUGAGACGGCGUUGAAUACGGGAGACCCGAAUUUGUUGGAAUUCGUUUGCUCACACGUCAAUCCCGAUUCACUUUUCUCCCACCCGAAUUCGAUGAGUCAACCAGUUUUGGUGUCACUUUUACAACAACUUACACUAACUUUGGGACAUGAACGCGAUUUGAAAUAUAGGUGAGCGUGUUUUUGACCUUGAAAUCUUCAAAAUUCCGGAUUUUUAGCGAAAAAAUCGUGAAAUUACGGCCUUUUUUGGUCCGGAAACAUGUUUGACGCGAAAAUUUUCGAAUUUUGAUUUUUCAAAAUUCCCUCUGAAAUUUUGAAAUUUGAAUUUUUCGCCAAAAUUCAAAUUUCCGAAUGUUUGUCCAAAAAUCUUAAAAUUUUGAAUUUUCAAAUUUCCACGUGGACUUUUUUUGCGGCAAAAUUUGAAGAUUUCGAUGUUUUUUGCCCAAAAAUCGUGAAAUUUCGACAUUUUUUAGCCAAAAAAUCGUAUUUUUUGGUCCGGAAACAUGUUUGACGCGAAAAUUUUCAAAAUUUUGAUUUUUCAAAAUUCCCUCUGAAAUUUGAAAUUGUUGAAUUUUCCGGCAAAAUUUCCACGUGAAUUUUUUUGAGGCAAAAAAAAUCUUCAAAAUCCCGAUUUUUCGCAAAAAUUUUGAAUUUUCAAUCCCACCCCAAAAAAACCCUGCCGCAAAAUUGCAAAUCACAAAUUUUUGCAGAUAUAUCGAGCAUAUUUUGCCAGCCAUCAAUGUCAGCGAUGCUGAAACUAUGCAGCAUACGCCGAAUGUUGCGUCACAAUUAUUGACCACUUUACAAGGUGAGAGGGGAAGCUGCUAAUAUGAGCAAUGGGGCAAAUUUUUGGAGUUUGGGAUGAGCAAUGCCUUUAAGAAGUUGGGUUUAGUAUGAGCAAUGUCUUUGAAAAUAGGAUAACCUGAGAAAUGCCUUUAAGGACUUAAUAUGAGCAAUUUUUAAAAAUUGGCUUCAAUAUGAGCAAUGCCUUCAAAUUCUUCUAAUAUGAUAUUUCUAGAUUGUUUAAGAUGAGCAAUGCUUUUUCGAUUCAAAAAAUAAUUUUUUGGACUUUUAUAAUCUGAGCAAUGAUUUUCAACAAUAUUGAGUUUGAUAUGAGCAAUAUUUUUUUUUUUUAAAUGUUGAGUUUAACAUGAGCAAUCCCCAAUUUCUCAUUAUUGCAGAAAUCAUCAAAACCACUCAAGACGAACAAGUUCGUCGUCACACUCGACUCCUUUUCCAACUCACCAGAUCCACAUUUUAUCAAUCACCACAUCCGCAAAGAUCGUGUAAGUCUGCCAAAUUUUGAAUUUUUGCUUUUUCGCGCCAAAAUUUGCCGCAGAAUGAUACCAAACAUGAUAGCGAAAAUUUUUGAAUUUUGAAAUUUCCCGCCAAAUUUCCAAAGGGAAGAAAAUUUAAAUUUUGAAAUUUCCCGCCAAAUUUUCAAAAAUUCAAAUUUUGUUUUUUGCAGACAUUUCGGAUCUUCACAAUGCCUCACAACAUUCACCAAUGUAG